CGCCGUGCGUCCAGCCCGGCCUUCGGCCCUAGCCUUGCACCGCUCCCCCAGCCGGUGAUCGUCCCAGCCGACCGGGCUGUCCGGCUGCCUGGCUUGCCCUCGUGUGCGCUCGCCCUGAGCUGGCCUUCGGGCUGUCGGUCCCUACGGGCCGGGCCAUGCCGAGUCGCCGCGCUGCCAGAGAGUCCGCGCCCGAGCUAGGGGCCUUGGGUUCCAGUGACCUCUCUUCGCUGUCACUAACGGUCUCCAGGACCACAGAUGAAUUGGAAAUCAUCGACGAAUACAUUAAGGAGAACGGCUUUGGCCUGGACGGGACACAGCUGAGUGAGAUGCCGCGCCUGGUGCCCCGCGGGCCGGCCUCACUGAGCAGCGUCACGCUGGGCCCUGCUGCACCACCGCCUCCGGCCACGCCGUCCUGGAGCUGCACACUGGGCAGGCUGGUGUCACCCGGCCCAUGCCCACGGCCGUACCUGGUCAUCACAGAGCAGCCAAAGCAGCGCGGCAUGCGCUUCCGCUACGAGUGCGAGGGCCGCUCGGCCGGCAGCAUCCUCGGGGAGAGCAGCACCGAAGCCAGCAAGACCCUGCCUGCCAUCGAGCUUCGAGACUGUGGCGGGCUGCGGGAGGUGGAGGUGACGGCGUGCCUGGUGUGGAAGGACUGGCCACACCGGGUACACCCACAUAGCCUCGUGGGGAAAGACUGCACGGACGGCGUCUGCAGGGUGCGGCUGCGGCCUCACGUCAGCCCCCGGCACAGCUUUAACAACCUGGGCAUCCAGUGUGUUAGGAAGAAGGAAAUUGAAGCUGCCAUUGAGCGGAAGAUCCAGCUGGGAAUUGACCCCUACAAUGCUGGCUCCCUGAAGAACCAUCAGGAGGUCGACAUGAAUGUCGUCAGGAUUUGCUUCCAGGCCUCCUAUCGGGACCAGCAGGGACAUCUACACCGCAUGGACCCCAUCCUCUCUGAGCCUGUCUACGACAAGAGUGAGUCAAAGGGUGCCAUGUUCCUUGGGAUUGAGCUGUCACCGCUUGGGAACUGCCUGCUGGAGCCUGAGGACAUAUCCGUGGUGUUCAGCACAGCUUCCUGGGAAGGUCGUGCUGACUUCUCUCAAGCUGAUGUGCACCGGCAGAUUGCCAUUGUGUUCAAAACGCCACCCUACGAGGACCUGGAGAUCUCAGAGCCCGUGACUGUCAAUGUGUUCUUGCAGCGGCUCACGGAUGGGGUGUGCAGCGAGCCGCUGCCCUUCACAUACCUGCCUCGGGAUCAUGACAGCUACGGUGUGGACAAGAAGCGAAAGCGGGGACUGCCUGAUGUCCUUGGAGAGUUGAGCAGCUCUGAUCCACAUGGAAUCGAAAGCAAACGAAGGAAAAAGAAACCAGUGUUCUUGGACCACUUCCUGCCUGGCCACAGCUCAGGCCUGUUUCUCCCGCCAUCUGCUCUGCAGCCAGCAGACUCUGAUUUCUUCCCUGCUUCCAUAUCCCUUCCGGGGCUGGAGCCUCCUGGUGGCCCUGACCUCCUGGACGAUGGCUUUGCCUACGAUCCUUCUGCCCCCACGCUCUUCACUAUGUUGGACCUGCUGCCCCCAGCACCACCACUUGCCAGUGCCGUGGUGGGUAGCGGGGGUGCAGGGGCCACCGUUGUGGAGUCUUCUGGCCCAGAGCCCCUGUCACUGGACUCUUUUGCAGCGCCUGGCCCUGGGGAUGUUGGUACCGCUAGCCUUGUGGGCAGCAACAUGUUUCCUAACCAGUACCGAGAGGCAGCUUUCGGGGGUGGCCUCCUAUCUCCAGGGCCUGAAGCCACGUAGCCUCUGAGGUAACAGAGGAGGCACUGGGUGAGGUGUGUGGUAUAGCACUCCAUUCCGAAGCCAACCUUGAUCAGUCUUCCAGCUUCCUCAUCCUGAAUCGGACAUCUGCAGUGCUGGUGGGAAGAUGGGGAGCGCUCCAGUUCUCUUUGAGCCCAUUUUACAGAAUGCUGAGUCCGAAGAGGAAAAGGGGCUCCUGCAGGUGGACCCCUUCUCAGGACAGAUUCUCAGAGAUUGUACAUAGGGUAGGAGGGAGCAGAUCCCCAGACUUCUUCCCUAAUCCUGAAGAAGGGGGUGGAUUGUUCAGUUUUCCCAAUAAAAAUUAGUUUUUUGAGCCUU